AUGUCCAUCACUAACAGCCAGCAUGCCUGGCACACGCCGGCCGGGAGCCAGGCCAAUGCCGGCCGGAGGCACCAUGCUGUUGUGGAUGAUGGCCCGGCGCGGAUACAGACGCCGAGCGACAACCCGUUGAUGCCUGAGGCAUCCUCCGACCCGGACGAGGACCAUCGACGCGCCCACUUCGCGAAUUUGUUUCGCCGCGCCGAGGACAGGCUCGCGCUGCUGUUUGGCGACAGGGGCGAAUACAACCUCUCCGGCCUGGACGUCCUCAAGCGGCCCCCGACACCCCCCGCACCCCUGCUGCCCCCCGCGACCGACCACACGCCCCCCCAAGAGCCGCCCCGCAAGAGGGCGAAGCGCGUCAUCGACGAAGAUGACUACGGGGACGACGACGAUGAAGAAGAGGAGGAGGAUAAGGGCGCUGCCCUGCAGUCCAAACACGCCAGUGACGCCGCCGCCAGGACCCUGCUGUCGCCGUCCAAGUCCGGCAGCUCGCCGGUCAACUCGAUCCCGUCGCCCGGAAGACAGCCCGAUAAGCCUCGAGACGAUGGAUCGCAACCACAAGCCAAGUCCUCCGAGGACGCGCGCAAGGAACUGGAGGAGGCGCGCAACGCCACCGAAGAAGCCGCCAAGCGAAGCUUCCACACGCUCUUCUACACCCUGGAGCACGAUCGGACAGCCAUGCUCGAGCACCAGCAGCUGGAGGAGUCUGAGAAGCAGCUGCAAGCUGAGAUGGAUAAGACAGGGCAGAACCACGCGGACCAGCCUGGACAGCACCAUGGCUCGCUCAGCAGCGCGAACCUCGGCGCCUCGAGCCUCACCCUGAAGCACCUCAUCGCCAGGAUAGACAUGAAGCGUGACCAAGUGCGCGCCUCCGACGCCGAACUGCGAUCGCUUAUGAACGAGGUCCGCAAGAACCGGAGCAAGUGGGCAAGCGAGGAGAAUGUCGGCCAGGAGGAGCUCUACGAGGCACUCGAGAAGGUGCUCAGCGAGCUCAAGGCGCACACUGAGUACUCAACUCCGUUUCUGAACAGGGUGAACAAGAGGGACGCGCCGGACUAUUACAACUUUAUAAAACAACCCAUGGACCUCGGCACCAUGACCAAGAAGCUCAAGAGCCUUCAAUACAAGUCAAAAGCCGACUUUGUCUAUGACCUCAACCUCAUCUGGGACAAUUGUCUCAAGUAUAACCAGGACAUGGGCCACCCGCUCCGCCGCAUGGCCAACGGCAUGCGCAAGGAAGCCGAGAAGCUCAUUCCUCUCAUCCCUGACCUCGUCAUCCGGCCGAGGGCCGAAGUGGAAGCCGAAGAGCGCCGGAAGCAGAACGGCGGCGAGGACGAUGUUGGCGACGACAGCGAUGAUGAGCCAAUAAUAUCCUCUCGCGGUCGUAAAGCAGGCACAAAAGGCACCAAUAAGUCCCGGAAAGCGCCAGCCGAUUCAAAACAAGGCAAGGAAGGGACCCCGAACGUGGAGCAGAAACCAGUGCUGCAGCUUAACGGGCUCCUUGCCAAGACACACCGGGAAGGCUCCGAGGUGGACGGCAGCAACGGUUUCGCUACCCCUCCGAUUGGCGGCUCCCUAACGCCCAGCGGCGCAAACGGCCAGUCCUGCGUCAGCAAUGCUGACGCCAUGGACAUCGAUGGCCCGUCAUUAAACGGCAUCGCUCUCGGCCAAGCGCUCGGCGAGGCAGCAGAGCAGGCCUACGAGGAUGACGCCUACAAAGUAUGGAAGCAAGUCACAAAGAAAGACCGGGCUCUGAUAGCCAAGGAGCGUUACCAGCUCUUUGCUGGCAACAAGCUGAAUACGGAGUUGCCCGCUCUUCUCCGGAGCAAGGCCGGCAUGCGCCGCUUCCUCAAGGCCCGAAGGGAAGCUGAGACCCUCGGCAUCCUGCCGGCUCCCCACAACGAUGUUUCGGCGGGGUCCAAAGAUGGAGCCCAGGCUCCCGAGACGCUCGCCGAGGGUAUGGAAGACGAGGGGGAUCGGGCGGUCCCGUCGUACUACGAGCCCCAGACUAUCAUCCCGGAUAUCGACCCAAAGCUCGAGUGGGUCGAGGAUAGCGAAGGCCAGGUCAUUAUACACCACGAGGACAUGCUACGGCCUGUACCUCCCGGGCACUUCGUCUCGCCACAGAGCCGCCUCACGGGCAGGAUCGACGCCAACAUACGGCAAAUGCAGGAGACGCGCAAGCUCUGCUCCAAGAUUGGCGUGAUCAAGCAGAUGCAGAUCCAGACUCACGUGUACACUAAUCAAUUCCCCAAAUACAACCCGGAGCCGUUCGUAGAAGCCGACGUCGAGCCGGCGUUUCUCGCCGGGGAAGGGCCCGUCAUGGCAGGCGAAACCUGCCGAUCGGCCAUGCAGCGGUCCGUGGCAAAGAUCUUUUACCACGCCGGCUUUGAGGAGCUGCAGCCGUCAGCCCUCGACACUAUCACCGACGUCGCCGGCGACUACUUCCAGAAGCUGGUUCGCACCUUCAACGUCUACCGCGAGGCCGAGAAGAAGCCGGCCGCGGGCCGCUGGGCCGAGCGCGGUGCCCGCUUCCAGCCCCGCUUCACGCCCGAGGAGGUCAUCCUGCACACGCUCAACGAAAACGGCCACGACGUCGACUCGCUCGAGAGCUACGCCCGCGACGAGGUCGACCGCCUCAGCUCCAAACUCGCGCUGCUGCACGAGCGCAUGAAGGCCCACCUCGCUGACCUACUCCGCCCGGCUCUGACGGACGGCGGGGCCGACGGCUCCGGCGCGUUCAAUGACGGCAGCGAGCAGUUUGUCGGGGGCGAUUUUGCGGAGGAGUUGGGUGAGGACUUUUUCGGGUUCAAGGCUCUGGGUCUCGACAAGGAUCUCGGGUUGGAAAUGCUCUCGGUCCCGCUGCAUUUGCUGCAGAGCCGCGUGAGGAGUCAGUACCAGCUGCAGACGCAGCUGGCGGGCGCCGGUGGGCCCGUCGUGGCGGAUCUGUUUGAGCCGCUGCCGCCGCUGGAGCCGGUUACCAAGGAGAACAUCCAGGAACAGAUUGGGCUGGUCAAGAAUUUCUUUUUAGCCAAGCUGCAUGCCAAUGGCGACCAGCCGCUGGUCGAGGAUGAGGACCUGCCGGUCAAGCAGCGCCGCGCGAGGCCGAGAUUGGGCGCCACGGGGAAGAUUGUUAGCCCCCAGAAGAGGAGCCCCAGGGAGCAGAUUGCCCUGGCCAAGAAGAAGAAGAAGUUGGAUCUGAGUGGCAACGCGCAGGUUACGGAUGGGGCCGCUGCUGCUGUGAAUGGGAAUGUGAAUGCGAAUGGGAAGGGGGGCGGGAGUGUCUCGCCUGAUAAGAGGAAGCAGUUGCAGUUGCAGCAGCAGCAGCAGGUUGGGUUGAGGGGCGGUCCGGUGCUUCCUCCUCCCACAUCUCAUCCUGGUGUGUCGGAAGGGAUUGGGAAUGGGAGUGAUGGCGGGCUGGCUUUGCCGGGGUUGGAGAAGGGAGGGGGGGAUGAUGGGGCUAGUCAGAUGACGGAUAAGGAGGAGGUUGCGACGGGCAUGAUGAGUCCCGAGAGUUUGGAGCAGAGGUGAGAACCGGCUUUUGUGUUCUUUGCCUCUGGGUGGCAUGAUCAGGAUGGAAGAUGAUAGAAGGCUUUUUUUGUAUUUUCGCUUCGAACUUGUUCUUCGUUCCCCCUUUUGAGUCGUGGAAGG